AUGGCUGAAGGAAAUCCUAAUCAAGGAGGAGGACUUUCUCCUUUCCAAAUGCAAGCCUUGACACAACAUUUGGAGAGAUUGAUGAGGCAACAAAAUGAUGAGCUCCAUGAAAGAUUGGACCAAUUGGAGAAUAGAGGUCAUGAUGAAGAAGAAAAGAGGAGAAGAGGUAAUGACGGUGCUCCUAGACAAAACCGAAUUGAUGGAGUCAAAAUUUCUAUUCCUCCAUUCAAAGGAAGAAGUGACCCGGAAGCUUAUUUGGAGUGGGAGAUCAAAAUAGAGCAUAUUUUCACUUGUAAUACCUAUGAAGAGGCCCAAAAGGUAAAGCUUGCAGCUAUGGAGUUUUCCGAUUAUGCUCUUGUGUGGUGGAACAAAUUGCAAAAAGAGAGAGUUAGGAAUGAGGAGCCAUUGGUGGAUACAUGGGUUGAAAUGAAAAGAAUCAUGAGGAAGAGAUAUGUGCCGGCAAGCUAUUCUAGGGACUUAAAAUUCAAACUUCAAAAGUUGUCCCAAGGUAGCAAAGGCGUUGAGGAGUACUACAAGGAAAUGGAGGUGCUCAUGAUUCAAGCCAAGAUAGAAGAGGAUGAGGAGGUAACUAUGGCUAGAUUUCUUAGUGGUUUGAAUAAUGAUAUUCGUGAUAUUGUUGAACUGCAGGAAUUUGUUGAAAUGGAGGACUUGCUUCACAAAGUAAUCCAAGUGGAGCAACAAUUGAAAAGGAAAGGUGUGGCCAAAAGGAGCUCCACUAAUUUUGGUUUUUCUAGUUGGAAGGAUAAGGGAAAAGGGGCUGCCACUUCUAGUGCAGCGCCUACACCAACAAAAACUCCUCUAAAAACUCAAGAGCAACCCUCUAAAAGGAGUCGGGAUGUGAAGUGCUUUAAGUGCCAAGGCUUAGGACACUAUGCAUAUGAGUGCCCUAACAAAAAAACCAUGAUUCUUAGAGAUGGAGAGUAUAUAAGUGAGUCCGAAAUUGAAGAGGGAGAGGAGAAUGAGGACGUGGAGGAGGAGGUGGAGAAAACACCAGAGGGAGACUUGUUGAUGAUAAGGCGGUUACUUGGUAGCCAAUUGAAGCCUUUGGAGGAGAGCCAAAGAGAAAACAUCUUCCAUACUAGAUGUUUGAUCAAUGAUAAACUUUGCAUGGUGAUCAUUGAUGGAGGGAGUUGCACCAAUGUGGCGAGUGCAAGACUUGUGUCUAAAUUGAAUUUAGUUACAAAGCCACAUCCUAGGACAUAUAGGCUUCAAUGGCUUAGUGAGGAUGGAGAGGUGCAAGUAAGGAAGCAAGUAGAGUUGGAUAUUUCCAUUGGAAGAUACAAUGAUAAGGUGCUUUGUGAUGUUGUUCCUAUGGAGGCCAGCCACUUAAUCUUGGGGAGACCAUGGCAAUUUGAUAAAAAAGCCAAUCAUGAUGGUUUCACCAACAAAAUCUCAUUCAUGCACCAAGACAAGAAGAUAGUGCUCAAACCUUUAAGUCUGCAAGAGGAAUUUGGAGAUAUGUUUCCAACAAGUGUACCAAGUGGGUUGCCACCAUUAAGAGGCAUUGAGCAUCAAAUUGAUCUCAUUCCAGGAGCUUCUUUGCCUAAUAGGCCAGCCUAUAGAAGCAACCCUCAAGAGACCAAGGAGAUCCAAAGACAAGUGGAUGAACUCAUUGUUUUUAAGCAUAAAGAAGGUCAAGCAAAGGCGGACUAUGUGAAGAAGCUUCAUGAGAGAGUCAAAAAUCAAAUUGAGAAGAGAAAUGAAAGCUAUGCUAAACAAGCCAACAAAGGGAGAAAGAAGGUUAUCUUCGAACCCGGAGAUUGGGUUUGGGUGCACAUGAGAAAGGAAAGGUUUCCGGAACAAAGGAAGUCAAAGCUUCAACCAAGGGGAGAUGGUCCAUUCCAAGUGCUUGAAAGAAUCAAUGACAAUGCUUACAAAAUUGAGCUGCCGGGUGAGUAUAAUAUGGAGAAUCCGAUUUGA